AUGACCACCACGAACAACCCCGUCAACAAACCUCCUCCCCUCGUUUCCCCCAUGGCUGCCCGCGUCGCCACUGUAUCGGCACCAGCACCACCACCACCGCCAGCAACCACUCCAACCCCACGAACGCCCGUUGCUGCCGCCACCAAUUCCCGGCACACCGCGGGACGUCCCCUGCCACCACCCCAGACCCCAGACUCGGACCUGUACGCCGUCGCCGCUGGGCCAAGCACACCGUGGACAGCUGCACACACCGCACGCACAUCGUUCUUUGUCGACAUUGACCUCGACGACGACGACCAGGAGCUCUCACCGCCGUCGUUUUCCAGCCCGGGGCUCUCGCGUUGCUCUUCUGAGCCACCACACACCAUGCCGGGAAUGCAGUCGCCUCGACAGACACGCUCGCGGAGCGUCAGCCGCACCCCCAGUCUCCCCGCGUCCAACGACAGCAGGGCCGACCUCAAGUCGUUGCCAGUGACGCCGCAGGUCGUGGAACAAACCGCCUUCCUUCCCGACCAGCUGUCGCUUGCCAGCUCGUCGGCACCGACAUCGCCCUUCCAGACCACCCACAUCCCCCUGACGGCCCCGCCGCCACCCGCUCCAGCAGCUGUGCCCGCGGGACCACCACGGACGCACGGCGACAGCGCACCCGUCACCCCCAACACGCUCCCGCACCACUUGCCCCACCACCACCAACACGCCAACUCGCUGCAGUUUGCGCCGGGCCACGCGCACAGUCUGUCGUCGUCGCAUGUCCCCGAAACGCAGCACGCACACGUGCUGCACAUGCAGUACCAGGCCGCGGCCCUGCGAAGCACACAGUACACGGACCUGUUCCUGUUCGAGCCACACGAGUAUGACAGCAUCACAGACGGCGAGCUCGUCCGUCUGUACGACCGCGGGGUCAUCGACGGCCGUGUCCUCGAGCAGAUUGUGGACGCCAGCAUCCGCAUCCAGCGCGCGUGCACCGACGCAGACCGCGCAGUGAGCAUCAAGACACGCCGCGCAAUGAUCCGCCACGCGCUCGAGGAGUAG